GGUAGUGGGCGGGCCUUGUCCAGCAGUGGUACACUACAUUCGGAUGCAGGCGCCUGACGAUGUCUGACAAUGCGGAGUCCCCAACAGAGUGUCAAAACGAGGAGCCUCCGGCCCCACAGGCGACCACUCCGGGGGAAUCGGCCAUAUCUGACCAGAAGAAAAAAAUUGAUGUGCUGUUGAAGGCAGUAGGGGACACACCCAUAAUGAAGACUAAGAAGUGGGCUAUGGAGAAGGGGAGGACUAUACAAUCCCUUUCUGAGUUCAUUGUAAAGUUCCUCAAGCUUGACCCAAAUGAACAGCUGUUCAUUUAUGUCAACCAAUCGUUUUCUCCAUCGCCGGACCAGGAAGUCGGCGUGCUAUUUGAAUGUUUUGGCAGUGAUGGCAAGCUGGUUCUACAUUAUUGUAAAUCCCAAGCCUGGGGUUAACAUUUUUAGUUGAACUCCAUGUUGGUUACCCAUUUAACUUGUAACACUUUGGUAAACAAGGUAUACACACUAGAACAACAAAUUCUAAAGUGUUCUUUUUUCUUUGCCAAUUUAUUUCUGAUGUUGGUUGUUUUUUGUACAUAACAUUGUAAAUAAAUAUUGUUACUAUUUAAACCCAAUGUCUUUUUCUCCUUCCUGUUUGUAGAAUACUGAUUUGGCACCCAAAACCCAUUAACUUAAAUCAUUGGACUAGUGGGGAUUUGGAUUUGCACUGCACUGGCAGAGAUUUGUAGGCAGAAGCAUCAACAAGCAAUACUUCACUGUAUAAUUUCAGUUUAUUCAACAGCCAACUUGGAGAACAGAACCAGUAGAAAUACCAUGCUCAUAGGUUACUUUCACUGGAGGUAAAGAUAUAGGAAAGGGAGAAGAGGUGAAGGGACAGAGCGGCACAUCCCCAGAUGGACUAGGAGGGAUUACAUCAUUCAGGAGAGGGAUGGGACUUUAAUUCCCAAGAAAGACUGAAAAGAGUUCAGGCGGACACCCUUUCGCAGUGUAAUCAGCAUCCUGAUUCAGGAGCACGGUUGAUGUGCAUCUAGAGAGGCAGUGGUCCUGGCUCAUCCUGAUUCAGGAGCACGGUUGAUGUGCAUCUAGAGAGGCAGUGGUCCUGGCUCAUGCUGAUGGUGGAGUAUGGAAGGAACAAAAAGCCUAGGAUGAGGAGCACGCCAUGGUUCUACUGGAGGUGAUGGAGGAAUGGACAUAAACGCUUUCUCAGUCAAUAAUAUUUUGCCAUUUUUUACUGAGUACCUAUGGUGGUUGGUGGCAUAAUAAGCAAGGAUUUCCUGCUGUUCACCGGAAAGACAUCUUUUUAAAAACAGGUAGGCACUUAUUUUUACAAAGUGAUUGACUACUGGUAUUCACAUAACUUAAAGGACAAUGAUUUGAUUAUAUCCCUCUUGUGUCAAGGGUUAAUCAAAAAAAAAAGUGCAACGGCAUAACGUUGAAUCUAUUUUUUUUAAUCCUUUUUAUGGUCAAAACUGGAUUCAGUUUUCUGAUCUUUUGAAGGCAGUAAAUACAAAAAGCCACCAAAAUAGAGCUUAGUCUCUGUCUUUAGGCAUGUCAAUUGUCACCUGUAAUUAACAUUGAAGUAUUUAGAUAUGUUUAUGUAAUAUGUCAUUUAUACAAUUGAAACAUUAACUUAAAAUGUAUUUUAGCAUAAAUCUGGCUCCUGCAAUCAACUUGAUUAUCUGAAUUUUAAUUAGUUGGUAGACUGGUUACAUUGAUGGUGAUUUAGUGCUCACUAUGUAAUCCUAUGACUAUCCUUCAAAUAGGAUUCCAUGUCCUGUCAUGUCAAUGUGAAUUCUAAACGUACACACUAAGCAUCAACAGCAGCCUGUGUGUAUGGCGGGUCAUGCCAUGCAUAUGAGCUGAGAUCAGGGAUGAACUUUCUACAUAGUUUCACAGAGCUCAGUAUUGCCGGUUAACCUAUGUUCUUGUUGCAUUUCAGGGGCAGGGACGUGCGAGCCCUCCUAUGAAACAGAAGGAGAAAGAGGGGAGGAGGGUUUUAGAGUGGGUGUCACACUACAACAUACCUAACACAAACAGACCAAAGCUGAUUUACGGGGAUUACUU